CCCUCCCUGCAAGCCUCGCACUGCCUCCGGACGCCGAGUUUGCCUGGGCUCCUGGCACACGCGUUCGGAGCGCACGCGCGCGGAGCCGGCGGCUCACCUGGGCCUCGGCUCGCAGCCCCGCGCCGCGUUCCCCGAGACUCCCGCCCAGCCUCGCGGGCUGCGGGAAGGAGUCGCCGCGGUCGCCCCACACGCGCGCGCGGGGGAGGUCGUCCGCCUUGCGUCCUCCUGGCGGCGGGAAGAAAGGGGCGGCGGCGGCCGGAGCACGAGUGGACGGCUUGAGGUGAGAGCCCGGCCGGCCCCACUGGGAAUAUGGCGACCGGUGGCUACCGGACCGGCGGCGGCCUCGGCGGCGGCAGCACCACAGACUUCCUGGAGGAGUGGAAGGCGAAGCGCGAGAAGAUGCGCGCCAAGCAGAAUCCCCCGGGCCCGCUGGUGCCGGGCGGGGGCAGCGGCGACGCGGCCGGGAAGCCCCCGACGGGGACCCUGGCCACCUCGGUGGUGGCCGCGGCGACAGGCGAGCUCAACAACAACAACGUCGUCGUGGUGGCGGGCGGCUCGGCCGCACCUGCCGCCCCCGGCCCCGCAGGCGUCAACUGCGCUCCUGGCCCGGCGGCCAGGGCGACCCCCGGCUCCCGGCGCCCCGAGGACGAGCCCCCCGGCCCCUCGGCCAUCCCCGCCUCUGCCGCCGGCGCCUCGGGCGAGGAGGAGCCCGACGGUGCCCCGGAGAAGGGCAAGAGUUCGGGCCCCAGUGCCCGCAAAGGCAAAGGGCAGAUCGAGAAGAGAAAGCUGCGGGAGAAGCGGCGCUCCACCGGCGUGGUCAACAUCCCCGCGGCGGAGUGCUUGGAUGAGUAUGAAGACGAUGAAGCAGGACAGAAGGAGCGGAAGCGAGAGGAUGCGAUCACCCAACAGAACACAAUGCAGAAUGAAGCUGCGAGCCUCAUGGAGCCAGGCAGUUCCCAUCUGCUGCAGGAACCAUCUAGAACUGUUUCUGGCAGGUACAAAAGUACAACUGCUGCCUCUGAAGAAGAUGUAUCAAGCAGAUAUCCCCGAACAGAAAGGAGUGGCUUCAGUAGGUACAGCAGGGACGGAAAUGCUUCAGGUACUCUGGUGUCGAAUAGCACCUUGGAGAAGAAAAUUGAAGAUCUUGAAAAGGAAGUGCUAAGAGAAAGGCAAGAAAACCUAAGACUUGUGAGACUGAUGCAAGAUAAAGAAGAAAUGAUUGGAAAACUCAAAGAAGAAAUUGAUUUGUUAAAUAGAGAUCUGGAUGACAUAGAAGAUGAAAAUGAACAAUUAAAGCAGGAAAAUAAAACUCUUUUGAAAGUUGUUGGGCAGCUGACAAGGUAGAAGAGACAAGGUUCAAUGUGGAAAAUAUUUUAAAACUACUGAUUGAAUGUUAAUUCCAAUGCUAGGACUAUAUUCCUGUGCUGCAAUACGUUAAGAUACUAAAUAUGUAUAUUUAUUUCUAAAAACAUUGAUGGAUGUUUAUUUUCAGGAUACUUCUUUUUCCUUACUAGUUUCAGAGAAACUAUCAGCUUUUUAUUUCACAGGUAGCAUCUUUCAGUUAUUCAAAGUGAUAGGCAAUGCCUCUUGUGGUUUUAUGUGGUAUUGAAAUAACCCAUGGCUGAAAGUCACAACCAUUUGAGUUAUCUUGUCUAUGAUAGUGCAUUUUCUCCUAAAGGAUAUAUACAUAGUCUUUGUUUACAUGAAUUUAAAUACUUUUGGGGAAUUACCUACAAAUGCCUUAUUACCAACGUGUGCGGCCUUUACUUGUUGAUGACUUACAGAGGUAUUUAGUCUGCUGUCAUUUGUUCUUUCCGCUUAUUCUAAAUGAUCUGCAGUAAUAGAGUUAGACUAUUUUGUACAAUGUAAUCUGUUAGUGGAAAGCUGUUGUAAACUCAGUUGAUAGCAUGUUCUAGUUGGCUAAAUAUAAAUCUAAGAAAAUACUUGAAUUGUGCUAUAUAUAUAGUAAGUGAAAAUUUACUAUUUUGUGUUGAGUAUUGGAAAAGAUUUUAAAUCAUUUUAGCUUCUGAAAAAGUACAAUUGUUAUUGUAGUGUAAAAUUUCUUACGUAGGUACUAGUUUUUUAUUGUUUCAAGGUUUGUUACUGAAUAUGGUAUAUUGAAGACGUCAUUUAUUCUCUGGCCUUGAAAAUAUGUACAAUUUCAUUGUAUAAAAAUAAAAUCCGUAUAUCAUCAUAUGCAUUACAGUCAAAACCAAAAUAUUUAUCUGUACUUUAAACGUUUAUACACAUAUUAACAAAACUGUGUAUAAGCAGACAUAAUACUAAAAUACUUGUUCUGACUUGUAAGUCAGAGGAUAACACUGAGGCAGGUUUUCCCAUGACAGAAUGUUCCCCACCCCUUAUGCAAACUGUAAGACAUUUCCUUUCUAAUGUUGAAAUUUCUGAAACAGUUACUUUUGAAGACCUAUACAAAUUUUCUUUUAUUAAAUGUUACUAGAAUUUAGGGUCGUUUCAUAAUUAUUUUUUGACAUUGAUUAAGAGCUUCUUCCCUGCCAGAGCAGAAGGAGAGUUUCCAGUGAAUCUCAAACAGCAACACUGGUAUCGUUUUAGGUCAGGGCAGCUUGAACAU